AUGGCCGACGAAGAACGCACGCCCCAGGCCGCCCGCAUGUCGCCACCCGACGCGCUCAUGCUUCCGCACGUCAUUGAGGCGAUUGCUACGUGCUCGAUCAACCAAGAAGACUUUGAAAGUUUUCUUCGCGCAGUGCCACGAUCGCUUUGGACGCCGGCGCUCGUAGCUUUUCUCGACUGCCACACGGAGAAGCCAUCAACGGUCAGUGUCAACUGGCCGCGCAUCAAGCUGACCGACGUGGAGUUGUCGCCUUCGGUCUUGACGCUGCUCGCGGCGAUGCUACCGCUGCGUCCACGUAUGGUACUGCGCCGCACGGACUGGGAUGCAGCGUCACUGGCCUCGCUUAUCGCCGUCCUCGGACCUGCGCUCAGCGACGUCACGCUGCUUUUUUCGAGCAACCGCACGGUCAAUGGCCAAGGCCACGCGAUCAGCAACCUCUUCUUGCAGCGUUGCCCACGUCUACGCCGAGUGGUCAUCUGCGAAGAGCCCACGACGGCAGCCGAGAUUAUUGAGCUCAACGAUUUGCUUGCAGUCGCUGCCCACCCGCAUGUCGAAGAUAUGACUAUCAACCUGCGUCGCGCAACUGCCACACCGCGACUCGGGCAUCUCUUGGCCACAUGGCUCUUGACAGCGCCGAGCCGGGAACUCCUUCUGGAAAAUGCCACGGCCUUGGACCACGAUGGUGUCAUCGCGUUCUGCGAUGCGCUGCAAGCCAACACGACGCUGACCAAUUUAAGCAUCCGCAACGCAAGUGCCCUCGGCGGCUUCCAUGGUCGCACGCUCCCCGUGUCGUUGAAGACCUUGACGUGGAAUGUUAGAUUCAAUCGUGUCAUCAAUGUCGUCACACUGACAGACCUCGCGACCGCCGUCGGGCCCACGCACCUCGAACAAUUCGACUGCAAUGUCUUUUGCUGGCUCGCGACUUGCCCGGCCGCGGCGCCAAUGCUCGCACAACUGCAGAUGCUCACUGUCAGCUCGUUGGAUGUCGGCGACAUAACAUCGUUGCUUGCGGGCUUGUCGUCGGUCCCGGUGCUGAUAUCUCUCACGCUUCGCAACUGCAACCUCUCGUCGUCGACGAGGCUGCUCAUGAAGACGCUUGCGACGACGUGCGUGCAUCUCGUGCGGCUCGAUGUCUCGGAUCACGAUUUGACUCGGGACGACGCCUCCGCUGUUAUUAUUGGAGUCACUCGAUUGCUGCAGUUGACAUCGCUGACGUUGUCGAUGCGUCUGUCAGAUGUGCUGCACAUACUUCCAGCGCUCAUUGCCGCUGGUCGCCACCUCCGCGACCUCACCUUGACGGCCGCGUGGUCGGACGCCGACGACGACGCCGACGACAUUCUCAACCUGGGGAUGCGCGCGAUCUUCCGAGCGCUUGCGCAAGUCCACGACGUUCCAUUUGUGGCCGCCACGCUGCCAAAGAACAUGGACCAAUUCGUGAUCGACGCGCUUGGUCCGCGCGCCGAUCGCUGUCACCAGUGCGAACUGCACUGUACACGAGACACGGCGGGUCGGCCGACGCCGCCACACGCGGUCACGCUUCCGCACGUCAUCGAGGCCAUUGCUACGAUCCUGAGCAGCCACCAGGACCUUGAAAGCUUCCUCGUAGCGGUACCGCGAUCGCUCUGGACGCCGGCGCUCACGGCCUUUCUCGACGUCCCGACGGCCAUGCCAUCCAUGGUCAGGGCCGAGUGGCCGCGAAUUGUGCUGGCCAGCAUGGACUUGCCGCUUUCGGUCCUGGCGCUGCUCGUGGCGACGCUGCCGCUGCGUCCCCACAUCGAGAUUGAGCGUCGGAUCCGAGAUGCGGCGCCACUCGCCUCGCUCGUCGCCAACCUUGGCCCGUCGCUGAGCAGCGUCAUUCUCGAUUUCAACAGCGACAGCUUGGUCGAUGGCCAAGGCCGAGCGAUCAGCGACCUCUUCUUGCAGCGCUGCCCGCGUCUGCGCCGAGUGACCAUCCGCGCCUUGUCUAUUUUAGAGAACAAACUGAUUGAGCUCAACAAUCUGCUUGCAGUCGUCGCCCACCCGUUUGUCCAAGAGUUAUUCAUCGACCUGCAGUACGUGACUGCCACGCCGCGACUCGGGCAUCUGUUGGCUUCUUGGCUCUCGACGGCGCCGGCGACGAAGCUCAGAGUGAUCAACGUCGCCCAGAUGGACCACGAUGGGGCCAUCGCAUUGUGCGAUGCACUGCAAGCCAACUCGACCCUUCGAAAGCUCUCGAUCGACGACGUCCCCAAUCUCGGUGGCUUUCACGGUCGUAUGCUCCCAGCUACGUUAAAGUGGCUCAAGUACAAUGCGUUCUUCAACAGAGUCGUCGAUGACGCAACAGUGACGGACCUUGCGACAGCUAUCGGCCAUACGCAUCUCAACCAUCUCGAAUGUAAUGUCUUUGGCCAGCUGGCGACAUGUCCGGCCGCGGCGCCGAUGCUAUCGCGACUGCGGUCCCUCUGCGUUAACCAAGUAGCUGACGACGCGAUGCAGAGAGCGAUCGCGGGCUUGUCGUCGGUCCCGGCGCUCUCAUCUCUCGACAUUUGA